GUUUUGCGCCCUACGACUUGUUCCUUUACCAGCCCACCGGUGCAAGAGACCGGACCCACCGGAAAGCCCCCCGAGUCACUGUGCCGCGCGAUGGAGGCAGAUCUUCAGGAUGGUGAGCAGAUCUCUGCGGACAUCCCCAUGCUGGUGCGCGCGCGAUGGCGCGCGCAAUGAUCACGCCCGAUCGCACGUGCGAAGUGGGCUGUUGAGCCGGGCGGUGUCCGAUUUGCGAUGGUUCGUGGAGCUGGGCAUUGUUCUGGUCUUCGGAUGCUGUGUCACUUCACUGAAAUUUGUCUAGAAUGUUUCAUGCUCUUGGGCCACCGCAACUGGUUUGGCCACUUUGGUUCCAUCAACUAGAGACCUCAGAGACUGCAAGAUGUUUUCUUUUCAAGACUUGCAUCCGUUUCGGCCACCAUUGUUCUCAGAGACGUGGGCCUUUCGCUCUCCAGCUUCGCCAGCGCAUCAUGCUGGCCUGUGCUGUGAUCCUCUUGGAAGCCCUUGUGGCCAGAUUUUUGGAGCUGGGGAAUGCAGAUCAACUCUUGAUCUCUGGAGUGAGAUGCUUCGUUCAACUGUCGGCUUGGUCUUGGCGUAUGUCUUUGGCUUCAUGGUCCUGGUCUCCGCCCAUGAAGCAGCUGCACGACCGAAGGUGACCUACCCGGGCAUCUUCUACAAGUCGGUCCUCAGUCUUGGCUCGGCGCUGUUGCUCAGCGGCCUGCUUCUACUCUUCAUUGUUCAGCCAGACCCGUGGUACGACGCCCAGUACGUGAUCCCUUUGGCGGGAAUGCUCAUCAACAACAGCCUUUCGGGUGUGGCAUUGGCCUUGAAUGCCAUGAUCGAUCACCUCCACAACAACAAAGAGCAGGUGGAGGUGCUUCUGGCCUUUGGAGCGACGCCCUGGGAAGCUGCUUGGCCGGGCUUCGUCAAGAGUGUGCAAGCUGCAUUGAUUCCUGCUAUCAAUGGGAUGAAUGUGGUCGGCCUGGUGUCCAUCCCCGGAAUGAUGACAGGGCAGAUUCUCGGGGGCGCACCCCCCAUGAAAGCUGCCCGCUAUCAGAUUGUCAUUACCUUCCUCAUUUCCGGCUGCUCCUUCGCUGCCUUGUGCCUCAUCUGUGCAUUCACCAUCCAAGCAUUUUUUGAUGAGCGAGGUCGGCAUGAUGAUAGCGAGGUGAAGCCGCAGUCAAGGCUCAACAUCUCCAAGUUGCUGGACUUCAGCAAGUGGCCGAGUCGGAAGACCCAGGCCGUGCCAGCGACCUCCACGCCUUUGUUGGCUGACUCGGCUUCUCCUUUGGCCUUGCAGAAGACCUGGGACAAAUCGAAGGAUGGAGGCGGUCUCAUCCUGGAUUUGCCACUGGAGGGCUUGGUGGGGAAGCAGCGCCCGCUCAAGGUGCAUUUCAAGGUCCACGAUGGGGAGGUCCUUUGCAUGAUGGGGCCCAGCGGUGCGGGCAAAUCAACGAUCUUGAAGUGGAUCGCGGACCUUUCGGCCUCUGUUUGGGGCUCCAGGACCCUGCGUGGACAGGAGAUCUCUUCGCCGCAACACUGGCGAAGGGAGGUCCUCUAUUUGCACCAGAUCAAAGCGCCACUGCCUGGUACUCCAAAGUCGUUUGCCCAGGUGGUCUCGAAGCUCUGGGUGAAUGCACAGCGCAACGCCUUGCCCCUCCCGCCAUUGCUUCAAUCCAUAGGUUUAGACGAGAGCCUUCUGGAGCGGCCUUGGUCCGAGCUCUCUGGCGGCGAAAGCCAGCGGAUGAUGUUCGCCAUCGCCAUGGCCACCGAGCCAGCCUGUUUGGUCUUGGACGAGCCAACCAGCGCGCUGGAUGAGGCGUCCAAGCGUUUGGUCGAGGAGGUGCUUCAGAAACGAGGCAAAGAUUCCUGCAUUAUUCUGGCCACCCAUGAUCCCAAGCAAGCUGAACGGGUUGGCUCUGCGCUCUGGAGCUUCUCUGUUGGGCCAUGAGGAA